UGAUAACUUGAAAACAAAAUAAUCGUACUGUAGCAUUUAAAGCAGCAAGAAACAUAUUAUGAAUGAAAAUGAUCGCUACACUUACGUUUAUAGACUCUCUCGGUUCGUAUAUUCUAGUAUUUGAUUCUGCAUCAAAUGAUUAAACUAAAGCUGCAUAAAGGAACCAAGGAAUUGGAAUAUGUAGCUAUGCGCAAAGAUUUAAGAGUGUGAACAUGUGGCGUGAGUUUAAAAUCGGGAAGGAAGACAUCAUUAACUGUUUCUUUUAACAAUAGUUUUCUGUUAUCAAUUUCAUCUUUUCUGACUUAGAAGGAGAUGGAAAUAAUGAAAGGGAGAUGUAACACUGAUAUUAACGAAAAAAAAUUUCCUGAUCAAAUUGAAGGAAGGAAAAUAAGAUUGGCCUUUUAAUGGAAAAUGCAGAAUAAAUCAAAGCACUGCUGAAGCAAAUCGAAAGAAGAAAUUACUAUAAUGUCAGAACUUAACAGUAAACCAGAUGUGUAAAUGUUUUUAAGGAAUUAAACAUGGAAAAACCUCAGAGAUGCCUGUUAAGUUUCUAUAAAUAAGAACAGCUAAGGAAAGGAAUUAAAAACGGCUACGGAGUCUCCAUUGUUGCAAAGGCCGCGGAACGUGAUUAAAGUAUGUAAAUAUUUCUCGCUUUUCGCAUAUGCGUAUCGUGAUUGAGGUCUCGCUUUCUCUAUCUUGUGAAUUCAUGAAAGCGGUGUAUAUUUUUGGAAAGACACACCAAAAUACCGCUAUCAGUCUAAAUAACUAAGCAAAUAGGCAUCUCUUGAGAGAAAAAUAUCAACACAGUCUGCACAGACAGGGUAGGGAACUGUAAAAAAGUGGAUAAACACUCUAGAAACAGUUUGCUUUUUCUCCAAUCCAAGAAAAAAGGUUAUUAAAACAUUAAAAUAUCCCUCCAUAAAAAACAUUAGUACAGUGGAUAACAACUGUAUUUGAUAGCCAACCAAUGAAACGAUUUUGAGUUCAAGUUAUAUUUGAUCGACGAAAAGUGCGGUCGCUAGGAAAGCGAUGUUAUUUUACAACAUGAUGUAUUCUUUCAGACUCCUACAUUUGUCAAUAAGCUUUGUCCCUAGGGCUAAAGAAAUGUAAAGGUGUCUACGUGUAUAAUUAAGACUCGCAUUAAAAGUUCAAGAAAUUGCCAAGCUCUAGCACUUUAUCCACUUAAGCACAGCUAUUCUCAGAAACGCUUUUAGUCGGCAAGAUUUAUCAUUCGUCGGAAUCCAUCCACACAAAAGAAAUGGCCGCAGUUCCGCUUUUUUUUAAUCGGAAAUCUUAAUUUCACUUUACAAAUUAAAUCAAACCAAUUAAGAGAAUCAGCCAGAGAGGCUUAAAGUAGAAAUGUUUGGUCAAUUCGGAUUUUAAAGGUAAUUGCACUUCAGGCAUAAAUUGUGGUCUGUGCAUAACAGGCGUGCUCAUGAAAAUACAAAAAGUCAAAAAGCUAUUUAUUUCGAUGAAAUAAAGAUAACAAUAACAAAAAUUCUCCUAAAUAGAAAUAGGUAGGAAUUAGCAAGCAAAGGUAAAACUUAAAUAAGCCGUUUUUUGAUCUGCAAUGACUGAAACAUAAAAUAUCUUCUCAGCCGCAGGGAAUAUACUUCAAUUAGCAAAGAACAUUUUCAGUUGAUGCCUGACCUCAGGAAAAAAUUAAAGGGGUAUACUUUUGCUAAUUUCCACUCUAUAAUCUUAAUAAAAAAACAAGUGAUGGGGCUAUUUUCAUGUGAAAAUUGCAUGAAGUUGUGCAGUCUCAAGGUUUGAAGAACCUCAGAUGGUCACUUCUCACAAAGAUAACCGUCUUUUCUAACAGAACAGCCUCCAACACUUCAGAAUUAACUCUGUCAAACACAAGCAAAAUGGCCUCUUCAAACCACGACCAUCAACUAAGCAGCUACGAGCCUGAGCUAAAGAAAGACGAUAGCGACUCGAGUCCAGUUGAGAGCGAAAAAAGCGAAUCUAAGGAGGCCUCGUCGAAAGAUCCCAAUGUGAAGCCGCCGUACUCUUACGUCGCGCUGAUCGCGAUGGCGAUUCGAGAGUCUUCCGAAAAGCGGUUAACCCUCAAUGGAAUUUACCAGUACAUUAUCAGCAAGUUUCCGUUUUAUGAGAAGAAUAAGAAGGGAUGGCAAAAUUCCAUACGGCACAAUUUGUCACUCAAUGAGUGUUUCAUUAAAGUUCCUCGAGAAGGUGGCGGAGAGAGAAAAGGCAACUACUGGACCUUAGAUCCAGCUUGCGAGGAUAUGUUUGAAAAAGGAAACUAUAGGCGCCGGCGCCGCAUGAAGAGACCUUACCGCCAACCAACUCUGCAGCACACCAACGGAAUGCUAACAGAUCCGCGCGCGGCAGCCUACGGAAACUUCAUCGCUCCCAAGUGGUCAGCUUAUAAUCCAGUUCAGAGUGUACCUACUGCAGGAGGAAAUUGGCGAACUGCUCAGCCUGCUGGUCCUCUUUCUUACCCGUGCAACCCACAAUCGUCUAGAGUUCCUCCGGGGUAUGCGGUUGCACCCUACAUGAACAUGGGAUCAACUGUUGGAGUCCCAGUCAGCUCAUACACAGGUACGCAGUAUUCUACACAAAUCCAGAACCCCGUGAAUAAUCAAUGUGGGUACGGAGCCGUGGCUAUGCCCAGUGUAGGUUGUCGCAGACAAACUGAUCAUACAGCCGCAGUACAUGGCCAUCAUUUUACUAAUCCGUACUGGAAUCCGCCUGACAAGCAUACAUUUGACGCUCAACCACGUUCAUAGGCUGAACGUGUGCGAGAGAUUAUUGACUGAAAAACGUUUCUACGAUCUAGAGAUUUUAUUUAUAUGAGAACACAUAAGAAUUACUCUUGGACCUGACUGCAAAUAGAGAAAGGAAAGUACGGGAAAAAAAGACUAAACGAAAAAGAAAAAAAAAAGCGAACUGACAAACUCGAGAUGUACACUCCAAAAUUAUAGAGAUUUCAUGUAAUAUUUGAGUAUUAUAUUUACUUUAAUCAUUAAAUCAGAAGCCCCUUGAUAUGGUAUCUGAGCAUUCCAACCAGUGCAGCAGUUGACCUUCCAAACAAAUCAAAUUGUACCAAAUCUAAUAUUAUCUUCGAUAAAGGAAAAAGAAAAUGAAAAUUCUCCUUCGAUUUAUUCUUAUUGCGCACAUUUUCGUAUGCUCUAAGUUCAAACUUAAAGUUGGCGAGCUAGUCAAUUCAUUAGGUACACUUUGUGAACUGUUAUUAGUGUAGACUUUCUACUUCACCGUGAAGGCGUGAAACGCCAAUGAUCUCUUUUGCUGCGUAAAGUCUUUAGCUUUUAACUGUAACUUACAGUUAUACUUUCAACUAGGAGGAUUUUGUCGAUCUAUUCCAUCCAUUUUAGAAUUUUGAGGAAGUACCUCUAGUGUUUGUUGACUUUGAUUUUGAAUAAUUUCUUGAACCGGCGGUUACUCGCCACUUAAAAAGGUUCGAGGGUACAAGAAAGAAACGAAUUUUUUGAAAAUAAUUUAUUUGCCGAUGCGGCAUUGUCACUGUAUUUUCUAUGCCUUCAAAGAAAAUAAACUCAUAGCCAGGGUA